UUGCAGCUUCUUACCCCGGAGUCGCUCAUUCUCUUGCGACCUGCGCCGCCAAUUGUCGCCCGAAGCCCGCACCGACAAGCUGCCCAGGGCCUCCCUCUGCCACGCCAAUAUAUACCACACCGGCUCCCCGAACAGCUUCGCUGCCACGCAUGGAAUCGUGAACCCGCGCGUCUGCUGCUGGCCGCCAACCCUCCGCCAGACGUGCCCAUUGCGCCCUCGCCCUCGCCCAUCCCCUCCUGCCCAGAGUGCCGACCACCAUGGACAUCUGCGCGCCCUCCGACGACCGUUGCAACAGGGCUCAGCGACCGCGACCCGCGAGUACACAUCAACACCAACCGCGCGUCUCGAGGACAUCGCUCGCCGUCGCCCUUCUCGCUGCCACGCUGCCUGCUGCCACCGCGCAGUCCUGUGUGUCGCUGCAAGGCUCGACCGAAUGCCCGGCCUUCAGCAAUGCUUCAAUCAGUAAUAGCAUUGGCGAUUUCCCUUUCCUCUCAUUCGUAUCAGAUGUAGAGUCUUUUGAUAGCCGAUUACGAGACUACAUUGGAACCGCAUAUGUGCAAGACAAAUACGUCGAGAUCCUCGGCUGUUCCAAUGUCAGUCUGACAAACACAACUAAUCUCUAUGCUCGAUACACCACCUCUUUCCUCUGCAAUGCCAUUGUCCAGGCUUCGCUAUCGAAUUGCAACGAGGAUUCCAACUCUGUCGCAACCCUGUGUGCCGAUUCUUGCGCCCAAUUCGCCAUCAGCGAACAAGACAUAAUCUCUACUCCGGCUUUCUGCGGCACUCCAGGAACCAACGCGAACGACCAAAUCCGAAGUGACUCCGAUCGCUGUCAGCAUGCAGCCAAAGCACUGAGUGGGAAAUGUACCCCAGCUGUCGAAAACGAGCCGGACGAAUGCGGCUUCUCGUCGAACCUGCCCGGUCUUUGCGCUUUUUGUGCGUCUAGCUCCCAGAAUUCGACCGAUUCAUGCUGUGUCAAUGCCAACGUGGAGAGUCGCUGUGUAGGCGUCCAGCUGCCUACCACCACGACCAUGCCGCCACUGUUCACCACCACGUCCACCGCCGCUCCUACCGGAUCCUCAAGCGCUGCUGCGGCCGGAGCUUCAGGUCUGUCCGGAGGAGCCAUCGCAGGCAUUGUGAUCGGGUCUAUUGUCGGAGCGGCUGCUCUGCUUGGACUGAUUAUUGCUGGAUGCAUCUUCGCUCGGAAGCGCAAACAGCACCAGCAGAACAGCGUCCUUAACACCCCAUCUCCUACGCGCCAUGUUGCUGUAGGUCCACCGAUGACCUACGGAGGAGACGGGCAUUCGCCUCCGCCUACCAUUGUCCCUGGUGCCAGAGUUGCUCGAAUGUCGGCUUUAGAGGGUUCAAGUUCCUCGAAUGGGUACAGCUCUCCCCGCACGGGUCCAUACCAUGAGAGACUAGAUCCCUACGACUCCCCGGAAUCACAUCGCGCUUACAUUGGAGCAAAUUUGCCCAAGCGUGAGGGGUCUCUGUCCAGCCACUCUGCGCUCGGCAUGGUCAGUGGCCACACGUCACCUCGCUCGGUGUCCGAUCCCGAUCGUAACUUCUCCAGUCCUGAGGGUGUUGCGUCAGGCCAAUCGGAACAACUCCAAUUCUUCAAGGACUACUACUCUCACGACGACAUCCACCCGAACGACACAGUUGCCGUUCUUUGGGCAUACCAGCCGCGUGCCAACGAUGAGUUCGAACUUGAGCGCGGAGAUAUGCUCAAGGUUGUUGGCAUAUGGGACGAUGGAUGGGCGACUGGUGUGAGACUCACCGAGACAGCGGAUGAAUGGGAGGCGCGUAGAGCGCUUCAACGUGACUCGGGUGUAAGCAACGGCAGCCGACAAUCUCGCAUAGAAAGCGACAGCGAGAUCAAGGCUUUCCCGCUGGUGUGUGUGUGCCUUCCACAGCAUUGGCGCAAGACGAUAGAAGGAGACAGCACAGAUACAGGUGGAGGUAGUGGAGGUGACCGGCACCCUCCCAGCCCUUAAAACCUGUUCUGUAGCCUGUUGACAUCUAUAGCUGUCUCGUCUACUUCCCCGUCACCAGCUCCUCUGCUCGAGCUCAUCUCGGUGGAACCUCUUUCGUCCCUACCAACCAGAAUCCCGAAACCACGACCACCCACAUCCUCAUCGCGACCAAAAACUCCACUGUCGCAUCUCCUCUCCUCCGGCUCAAGCACGCUGGUCAACUCACCACCUCGAAUAUAAUGCGACA